GUGUUCAUUACUUCAUAGUACCUAUCUACUUUGGUUCAAAUAAAUAGAAUUAGUAUUAGUAGUUUUUGCCUUUGUGUGCAAUGAAUUACCUACCUACCAUUACCACCUAUUAUGUUUGAUGCUAAAUGUUUGAAAAUACCAUCGUAGCUACUAGCUACAAAAUUUAUAAAUAAAUCUUAUUUUUUGUAAAAAGUAGCUAGCUAUAUAAGAUUGUUUUUGUUGGUAAAGAUUGAGCAGUUUAAAGGCAUAAUGUUUAUCAGUGAAGUCGAGGCGUAAAGUGUAAUAAUGCCUGUGCACCAGAUAAACGUCAAGAAUUCAUCAGAGAUAGAGAGCUGGGAAUGGGGUGGAGGAUGUGGCAAAGAGACAGUUCGCGCAGGAUCAGGCAGCAGCCAAACAUCUUGCAGUAAUUCCAGCGGAGAUAUUUGCAGGAUAUGCCACUGUGAAAGUGAAAUACACAACCCCUUACUUGCGCCUUGUUAUUGUUCUGGAAGCUUGAAGUAUGUUCACCAAAGCUGCUUGCAACAGUGGCUUACAGCUUCAGAGACCAGAUCCUGUGAACUUUGUAAAUUUAACUUUAUUAUGCACACAAAAAUAAAGCCAUUUGGCGAGUGGCGGCUGCUGGAGAUGUCUGGUGUGGAGCGACGGCGGCUUUGCUGCGCGGUCCUGUUCCACUGCGUGGCCGCGCUGUGUGUCAUGUGGUCGCUCUUCGUCCUCAUCGAGCGCGCCGUCGAGGAGGUCAACAAGGGACAGAUCGCGUGGCCGUUCUGGACGAAGCUGGUUGUGGUGGCGGUGGGAUUUACCGGCGGAGCGGUCUUCAUGUACAUCCAGUGUCGGCAGUACCUGCACCUGUGCAACAGAUGGCGUGCUCACAAUAGGAUACUUCUAAUUCAAAACGCGCCAGAGAAAGUCCCUAUAAGCGUGUCCCCGCCGCUACGUAGUAAACGACGCGAGCGCACUGAACGAGGACAGAUUGUGGCCAACAUCGAGCCUGCGCCGGCGCCUCCGCCCCCGGCCGUCUACCACGAGGAGGACGAGAGCGGGGGCUUCGAGACUUACAGAGGGAACCCGCACCGCAGGCUGUCAGCUCUGAACGAGGACCGACUGAGGGUCGAGUCCCAUGAAGACAGCAGACGGUACUCCGACACGCGGCUGGUGCAGCCUGCAGUCGUGGAUGAGCCCGCCCCGCCAAACGUAGAGGCGGGAGUUUAUCACAUAACGGUGGAUCCUUUGGAGGCGGACAUCCGGGAACUGCUCGCUCUCGAAGCGCGCCGCGAGGCUCGGGCGGCUCGCUCCUUGCCGAACCUCCGAGCGAGUCGCGAGAGCCUUCUCCCGGCCUCUGCAUCCGCGCCUGCGCCCGUCCCACCCUCCUGAGGCCGGACCCUCACUCUGUAUCCGGAUGACAACAUCUACUAGCCACAUAUGGCCAAUCCCAGCUCGCGGAUCAGUGCAGCAGGUGUGAAAUGACAUUAAUAUUGAACCAAUUAUUUGAAGUGUUGGUUAAUAUCAAACUACCCUCAUGUUAGAUAAAACGAUCCAAAUUAGUGAUAGUGCAAAGUAUAGCAUUUACGAGUUCGAAGUGGGCUUCGAACGUCGAUCAUGUACAAAUGAUGUGGCAAUGUGAUCCUAUCAUAUACUCAUUAAGCUCGAUGCCAUAACCGCGUGUAUUAAAGACUAUAUUUAACUAAUAUUGUACCAAUAUAGAAUAUUUCUGUUUAAGCCGUGUAAAUAAUAUGUAGUCGAUGUGAAACACUAGAUAGGUAGGCUUGUGAAUUAAAUAAUAAUUAUACAAUUGUCUAAAUAAGACACGGAGUGGGGAAGCAAGUGGAAAGCGAAUCAUUGGUUUUAUUCACGGCUAUUUGUCGUGUGUACCGACGAAGAGCACUGUAAAGAUGCAAUAUACAUACACAAUAAUAUACCUUAAAAUCAAGUAUGUAAGAGCUACUAUUGAAAAACCUUUCGCUUCUGUAUUAUACUAUAUAUAUAUCUCUCUCUCUCUCUUGCGUAUAUUGUGUGCAGUAAUAAUGCUUCAGAUAACAAAAUAGAAAACAUAAUAUUAUAGUCUUGAUGUGCCAUUAUUUACAAAUUGAGAAUCCAUUAACAUUUAAAAUUACAUUAUUCAUGUAAAUUGUAGUCUUGAUAGCUGUGUGUAAAUAUUGUUUAGUGUAAACUUAGUUUUAUUUUUCAAUGCGAACAGGUUUAUAUUAUUAUCUUAAUGAUGGAGACGUGUGUCACCAAUGUCAUUUUGUAAGCCGGUAAUAAACUAAGGUAUCAUAAAUGACGAGAAAUCCUACGUCUUGAUAGACUACGACAGCUGUGAAUACGUCGAAAAAAAUUGAGGUUGACUGUUAACCUCUAUUUUGAGCAAUUCACGCGCACUAACACAAAGUGACCUGCAAAUUGUGAGUGUAAGACGUAGCUUGUCACGCACACAGUAAUAAGCCUGUUUUCAUGGGUUGCCUAGCAGCAAGAGGCUCUAUUCAGACGUUUAAAUAAUCUCAGGACCAAGGAAAUGUCAAUUGUCAUGUGAAACAAAAACAAUACCUUUUCUGUAUAUAAAUCUUCAUGGAAUUCAUAUCAGAGUUUUUAAAUUUUGGUCCUGUGUGGCUAUUGGUUCCGGCUGAUAGUUUAAAACGUUUGGACCGUGACAAAACUUCCACUGGUAGCUCAUAUCAAGGCUUGGACACGAAAACACCGGUUAAUAUAUAAUAUAUAAUAGUGAACUUUUUAUUUCCAUCAACAAUAAAAUUCACCAAACUCUAUCACAAUAAACAUAAAUUAUGUUUAUUAUAAAAUUUUGAUAAACGAAACCGGUUUAGAACGGUAUUUUACAUCGCCAAGUAUUUUGUCGGAGUACAGUUUAAAUUUCAGUGAUAUUUUCACCAAAUCCUUUUUUUAUUUACGGCUCUUACCAAACCCUUACUCUUACUUACUCUUGCGGAAUUAACCAUGUUAAAUUUAACAGCGGUUCCAAGCCUUAGCUCAUAUUAUAUGGAAAUGUAAAAUCCACGCGAUUGCCAUGCAAAUAAAAUCCACAAUUGUAUAUAACAUAGUUAAUUAAAAUGGAUAUCACAAGAUUAAAAGAAUUACCUACGAAAAAUCAUUUGCAUAUACAAGUAAUUCCCCCUGUAACGUGGUACAGUGUUUCCGUGUUAUAGGAAAACGCUUUAUAGGAUAUGGUUUUCGUAUAACGCGUUUUUAAGAACUCUUAAUUCGUAAUAAUAUUAAUAAUAAUAAUAACAAAAGUUAAUCACAAUUCGCAACAAGUAUUUUUAAAUCUUUGCCUAGUUUUACUAUUUUAAUUGGGUAUUCAAUACACUAAUUUAAUAAAAUAAUUUAAUUUUGUAAUAGCACAAUUGAUUGUGCAUAGUAUUAUGACAACGCGAGGCUAAUUAGAAUAAACUGCACAAAUCAUUAUAAAUUUCACAGUACAGAUAUAUGUAUGUGGGAUAUCACCGUGUUAUCUGGGGGAAUGCCUCUGUUAUACGGUCGAUUCAAAUUUCGUAAUAUGGAACCGCGUUAUAGGAGUAAUUACUGUAUAUUUAAAUGUACACGCAUGCUGGCAACCAAAAAAGUGUGUGUACUUAUGUACCCACGCUAGAAGUUAUACUUUUUUGGCGUCAUCAAAAAUACUUAAAUGUUUUUAUUAAUAAAAAUUUUAAAUUUAAAAUAAAAACGGUAUUAAAUACAACCAAUGAAAAUAUUAUUAUACCGCAUAAUUUAGCUUAAUAACGUUUAUUUAAAUAUUAUCAUUAAUUUAUUUUUAUCCAUUUAGAAAGAAAUGUUUUUUUUUUAAUUUUUCUAAUUAUACAUAAAUACAUUAAAAAUGAAAUUGUCGUCCAUUGGUUGUGGUUCAGUAAACAUAUGAGUUACAAGAGGCUUGGUAGCUGAAGUAUGCUACAAAUGGUUUAAUUGACCAGCUAACGUCAGGGUGUCGAAUUUGCGUGACGGUGUGCGCGCGCAUCGUAAACAUUCACCCUGAUAAUGUUUCCCUAACGCGCCAAUACAAGUAUAACUUUGAAAAUUCUUUAAUCAAAAUUUAUGAUAUCUUCAGCAUUAUUCGCGUAUUUUUAUAUUAAACUUAAAUCCUUAGAUCAUUAAUUAUACGUCUAAAUAGACUAUGACAGCUGUGAAAACGUCGAAAAAAAUAGACUUUAGAACUAACCUCUAUUUUGAGCAAUUCACGCACACUAACACAGUGUCAUACAAAUCGCGAGUGUAAGACGUAACUUGUCAGUUGUCACGCACAUUAAACUAGUAUUCCUGGCCUGUUUUUAUCGGUUGUCUAACAGCAAGAGCGAUUUGUAUGUCACUUUGUGCUAGUGGGCGUGCUUUGCUCAAAAUAGAGGAUAACUGUCAACUUCAAUUUUUUUCACGGUUUCACAGCUGUCACAGUCUACCUAGACGCAUAAAUUAUCUAAGUCUGUAUCAAUGAAGAUGUAAUCGAUUGUAAUUACGUAGUUUUGACAAGUACUUCCUAAUGAUAUCAAUUAGUUUGUAUUCAUCACAAAAAUUAUGUCAUGUUCCUGCUACUGUUAGUCCGUCCUUUGUCUAAAAAUUAAAUUGGUUGCAACAAUAUUCAGUAUUAAGGGUUCGCUUUUGCAUGGAAAAAUUUCCAUUCACUUUUCUGGUUGGUAACAAAUGGCAACACCUUAGAUUAAUGAUUCACACGCGCUCCAACUAGAUACCACUCUACCUAAGCUCUUUUAAUGCGGCAACUUUUAGAUGCUUGUGUGCGUGGCAUCUUGACACUCAAUGGCAUCUUUGAAAAUUUAUAACAUACGCAUUUUAUAUGGAAACCAAAAAAAUACAAAAUACUUAUUGAUGAUAUGUGAUCCCAGUGUCUUUCUUAUUUCUUGUAGUAUUAUUUUCACAAAAUUUUACUACGCAACCAGGCAUUUUAGUUUCAAUUAUUAGCAAAGUUUAACACAACAUGUGACACGUCAACGUCACACAUUGCUCGAGACUGGCUCGAGUACGCCCCCUUCGGCGUAGUAUUAGUUGCCGCACUUUGCGACUUCGCCUGCGGUAUCUAGUUGGAGCACAGCGGAGACCAAUCCUUUAUCUAAGGGCUAUCUAUACUUCACAUCAACUGAAUUACUUUUAAUACAGUGAUAAUUAAAAUUUUCCCUUUUAACAAACUAUUUUAGAAUCUCUUGUUCUAUUCAUCCGCCUUUUUCGCUCUCUCUUUUUCUUUCUCUCUUUUGAAGUUUGUGUGGUUACUAAAUUAUUUUAAGAUUAAAUCAAUAUGCUUAGAUCAUUUAUGCCACUAGAUAGACUGUGACAGCUGUGAAACCGUGAAAAACAAAAUUUGAGGUUGACAGUUAGCCUCUAUUUUGAGCAAAGCACGCCCACUAGCACAAAGUGACAUACAAAUCGCGCUCGUGUAAGACAGCACGUGCUCGUAGCCUCACACGCAAACUAAAUUAAUAAACCUGAUCUGUUUUCAUCGGUGGUGGUGUGCUAAAGGCUCUAUCUAGACUUAUAAAUUAUCUAGGUCUAUGCUUCGGUCAUUAGUAAUAGUCAAUCUGAAUUACUCUUCAAAAACUGUUACUCUUUGAUACUCAUGACAUGACAUAGAUGUUUUACUAUGCGUCCCUAUGCCCCGAGAGUACUGAAAUGUAGGGCCUUAACAAAUUAUUAUAUAAUUAUGCUUUGUACAUGCAGACAUUUUUAAAGUAAACUAUUUAAAAUAUUUUUUAGUGAGAUUAAAACACGUGUAUUAUUGAAUAAAUUUUAAAAUUAAUUUCAGCGGUUAGAACAUUAUUUAUGCCGAGGUUUCGCUUGCUUUGCCUCGUCAACUUCAGUUGUACGUGACCUGGCAGGCUGUAAAGCAAGCGAAACAUCGAUAUAAAUAAAUAAGGUGAAUUCCGUUCCUGUAGAUAAUAAUACAAUUUUAAUUGAAUAAGUAAUCUCAUAUAUGAAUAUCAAAAUAUAAUUGCAUAAUAAACUUGGCGAUGGUCUUACUAUUCUAGUAAAAAUGUGCGUGUACUUCAGUAUGGAUAUUAAUUUUGACCGAACACUAACUUAACUAACACUCAAUGGCACGCUAUGAAGGCCGUUUUCACGAAUGCCGUUCGUAAGGUUUUACAAAUGUAAAAUAACUACGAUCAACGGUACAAUUAAUAUUCUUAAUGGGAAAUAUUUAUGUCAACGGUCUUGUUGAUUGUAAGAAUAUAUUUAUUUAUCUUUUUAAUCAGCAUUUGACAUUUAGCUUUGUCCAUAUAGCAGCUAGCUCUAUCAGCUGUUCAAUUAACAGCCUAGCCGAUAACUUAAAGGUCGCUUUUAUGUCGCACUCAUCUCGUUAAAUCAGUCAGUCAAUUGGAUGUCUAGUAGGUGCCCUGUAUUUUGUGUUAUUCGGUGUUGGCUAAAUUAAGUAACUAACAUAUAAUAUCAUAAUGAAACAUUGCAAAUUUAUAAAUAUUCACUUUAGAGUAAGCUAAACAGCUAUGAACCAUCUAGUUAAACUUGGCGUUAAAUGAUGGGUUGGCUAGUUGUUUUUCAGCCAUCUUAUUAAUUGCCGGCUUAUUAUAACAGGCUAGCCGUUCAAUUGACUGGCUGAUUCAACCAGCUGAGACGAUAUUUUUUAUUAUUUCAUAGAGUAGGUGUUUUCACGUCAAGAAACCAUUUUGUUUUUGUUUGGCGAGCUAAGUACUAUUGAGUUGUCAGGUGUUUAGUAAUCCAUCAUAAGGGCGCAGGAAAAACAAUAAUCUAAUUGGUUUUUAAUCGGUAUAUUAAUGUUUGUGAUUACGUUUGUAACAAAGCUAGGUUGUCAAUAAAUUUUAUCUAUUAUUUUAAUAUUGAUGUUAUCAACAAUUAUUGUCAUUUAGUACCAUUUACUAAUGCAUUUAUGUAAACUAGAUAGGUAGAACCAUGAGAGUUAAGUAUGUUAAUAAAGGUACAUCACAUGAUCCUCACAAUUUACUUUUUGUCAAUAUCACAUAUUUGCUUAGACUCUAAUACGCUUAUAUCUGAGCCUUAGAGUAUGUAACCAUACGGAGAUAACGUUUGUUUUUAUAUUGUUUAACUCUUAACAAAAACGUUGAUGAACACCGUUUCUUUUGUCUAUCAUAAUUUAGACUUUUAUAUCCUCUUUCAUGUCUGUCCCCUUAUGGUUUUACUCUCUGAGCAUUUAACGCUAAUUAGGCUAUAUUUUUGUAUAAAGUUGUGUAUAUUCGUUGUAAUGAUAUAAAUUGUAAUUGUCGUCAGUUUACGAUACGUGACGACAUUGUAUUGUUAGCUUAGUUUAUUGACUACGGUAAUGUAUAGGUAAGUAUUUAUCAAGUAUCGAGGUUUUCCGACUGGUAGCUCGAGAUUUUUUCGUUUUGUUUCGGUAUUUAUCAAUAGGUUGGGUGCAGUCGCGGAGCGGACACAAUUUCAGACAUUAAAUACCUUUUACAGCUAUGUAGGCGCCGGCAUGCCUCUUGAACGGUGUCAUUGAACGAAGUCAAAAUUAGUAUAUCAUGUGCGAUGGGCGUCAAAGAAUUAUGCGCGUUAGCGCUCAAUGCAAUACCAUCAGUCGUACCACUUCUAGGACAUAUUGUAACUCACUCAAGGACAUACACUUACUUCUCGGUUUCACACAGGCCGGCUCGAUUGGUGACUUACCGUAGGCGAUGACUGGAUGUAGGCAAUGAAGGGAGGUCAAUGACCGUUAUUCUCUAGUCCGCGCGCGCACUCAGGCAGCUUAACACCACAAAUAUAAUCCGUAGUUAGGAGAUGUAAGUAGUUUUGAUAUUUGGUGCUAGAAUUGAGGCUCUAUCCACAACGCUGACUUGGUAACCUAAUACGUGCAUUGUCUUAUAACACGUGCAUAAUUCGUGCAAUCUACAAGUUUCAUUCUAUGUUUGCGUUUUCAUUCUUACACAGAAUAUAACUAGUUUUAGUCAAUACAUAUGUGAUAUUUGUAUUUAUAUGACCGAUGCGGGACUCAAGUCCGCGACCUCUCGGGCUCCGUCCGAGCGCUCUUACCAACUGAGCUAACGGUUCGAGAGACGCAUGGAUUGCAAAUCUUCGCUGGCAACGCUUUUGUGAUUCCUCUUGUGUUGCACAAGAGUGUGGGCGGCGGUGAUCAUUUAACAUCAAGUGGGUCACUUCCUCCGGACGUCUAAUAAUAAGAUAUUCUAAGGCUGAGAUCUAUAGAGCCUACUUAGACUUUGCUCAGACUUUACUUACGUAAAACUUAGCUGAGUGUAAUAUAACGCAAACUUGGCUUCAGCAUUGGGCCGUCUUAGCUUAAGCUCAGCCAGGGGCGUGCAUAUUAUAUAGGCAAUUAGGCAGUGUCUACCUCGUUAUAAAUCUAAAUUAAUAUUAUACUAGGGUUGAAGUAAAUUUAGUUUAAUUUGGUUCCGUUAUUUUAUAAGCAAACUUCUAUUGAACUGCACCCACUCAUAACAGUUUUCCUUACGCUAGAUAAUAGAUUUCUACGGUAAGCAGUCUUUGCAUAUUCCAAAGCUCAACCACGACUAGUUAGUUCCAAAGUGCCUACGUUGGUACAAAACCAAUGCACGCCCAUGAGCUCAGCAUAAUUUCAGCUGUUAAAAAGACUCUAAAAACGAAAUCAAAGAGUAUGCUAAGCUUACACUCAGCUAAGUUUUUCGUAGGUAAGUAAAGUCUCCGCAAAGUCUUACUAAGCUCUAUAGAUAGUCUAUGGUUCACGUAACAUUCUGUAGUUUGUCGUUGUGGAUUGAAGCCCGAUAGUCGAGUCUGAAAUUGGAAAUGGUAGCGAUUCUAACCGAUUGUAAGAUAUGCGGUCGCCCGAAGUCGCCGUGAUAACAUUAUUUAGCAAAUUAAUUUGUGCGCUUCGAUGGGUGUUUGUCUGUUAUCAGUGCCGGAUUAACCACGUCGCUAGAGUACAUAAAUUGCUACGGGCCCCAAGCGAAAUGGGGCCUCGCAUAUAACCCACUCACUUCUGUCUGAGAGUAAAUUUUUACGUUACAACGACCCAUAUAGCCGAAUGGUUAUUGACCCUGACUACUAAGCUAGAGGUCCGGGGUUCGAAUCCCGUUUGUAUGCAUUUCUGUCGUUUGUAUGUAUUUAUGUACCUAUGUUUAAGUAAGUAUAUUGUAUUAAAUAUAUCAGUGUCUUAUAUCCAUAGUACAGGCUAUGCCUAGUUUGGGGCAAGAUAAUUGUGUAUAAAGUGUGUCAAUAUUAUUAAUGCUACAGUAGAUAUUGGAUUUACUUGGAUGUCCCAAAAAUGUGAAACUUAGACAGAUCACUCGGUAACCGACUGUUUCCAAUAUAGAUCAAGGGCUCUUUAAAAGAAGUUGCUACGGGCUCCGCGCUUGCUUAAUCCGGUACUGUCUGUUAUGAGUUAAGGCACGAUUCACGAGUCACGUUCCCGCGACACAUCACGUCAGGAUAACGCGAAAAUAUUUGCGUUAGCUAUGAAAGAAUUACCACGUCUCGAGCUAGGGAUGGUCGAUAUUAGAAAACCAUCGACGAUGAUAUCGAUGUUAACAUUGAAUCCAAAAUAUCGAUGUACGAUAAAUAUCGAUUGAAAAAUAUCGAUGUUUUCGGUAACAAACAAAACUGUCUAUUAUAAUGAGUAAAUGUGUUUAUUGUUAUAGAAAAUCCAUAGGUAAAGAAAAAAUUAAGAUUCCCUGUAUUUUUGGGCACUCUGUAAAAAAAUAACUUUGACAGGUGUCUGAAUAGUCUCAUCUAGUGGAAUAUAGUUGAACUUGAUAGUUAUGUAAUGACAAUGUAAUUUAAUAGUUGAACCAAGUACAUCCGGUGCAAACCCUGAUGGCCCCCUAAAGAAUAAUUGAAGUUUCGAUAUUUUAUAGUUAUAAAAUUGAUGUGUCAAUUAUAUCGAAGUCAAUAAUAUCGAUACCAAAACAUCGAUGUUUUCCAGCUACGCAUCGAUAUUUAUUCACCAUUGAUGAAUAUCGAUCAUCCCUAUCACGAGCUAUCAAAUGAAUGCGAUGCCGAUUCAGUGUAUAAGACAGUAGGUAGUGCCUUAAUGCUGAACUGUAUGAGCAUGUUGUGUUGACUAAGCAUCGUUAUUGCUUCAGUAAUGGCAUAUUGUUUUCGUAGUCGACGCGGCGUAUGUUUACUGUUUUGUUGGAGCUAUUAUUUUUUGCUCAAAAUUGAACCUUAAUAUUGGAUCUUUGUACUUAUUGUUCAUGAAAUUCGUAAGACUGUAUUUUUAUUUUGUUAUGUAAAAUUGUUAACUCCAGAUUAAAAUAAGUUAUUUUGAGAUUAA